GCACCAUGGUCCCUAAUGCCCCUCCACCCCCUUUACUGCCCACAGAAGCCUGGGGAGGAGCCACUGGAGGAGAAGGAUGAGGACGAAGACGAGGAUGAGGAGGAUGACGGGGCCUCCACACUGUCGUCAGGCUCCGAGGCCCAGGCUUUUGAGGUGCCCGGGGGGGGCCGGGCUGAGCCCCUGCCACUGAACGGGGACUGUAAGGACCGGCACCGCGGGACCCCAGGAGGGGGAGGCCAUGCCCGGGAUUGGCACCCUCCUGAUGAGCGAUCCCCUGACAAGGCCUCGGAGAGGCCCCCCGGGCCUGAGCGGCGCCACACCAAAGCCUGCUCCCCUGCUGAGAGCGCCUGCCAGCAGCUGGGCACUGCCAAGAAGGAUGGGGGCUCCUGUGGCCAGCUAGACAGGGCGGGGUCUCCAGCCAUGGCAGGUGCUGACCCCUCAGUGCCGGGUUCCCCAGGACGGCCAGGGCUGCAGGCGUUGGACGGGACCCCCCUAGGCUGCAGCUCUGUGAAGAAGGAGAAGCCAGGGGACCCGGUGGAUUGGUCAGUUCGGGAUGUCGUUGAGUAUUUCACUGAGGCCGGAUUCGCUGAACAGGCGGCUGCUUUCCAGGAGCAGGAGAUCGACGGCAAGGCUUUGCUGCUGAUGCAACGCUCAGACGUGCUGACGGGGCUCUCAAUCCGCCUGGGCCCUGCACUCAAGAUCUAUGAGCACCAUGUGAAGGCGCUGCAGGCCGGCCACUUUGAUGACGACGAUGCCGACCCCUUCCUGGCCUGACCCCCCCCCCCCCUCCCCCCGCGCAGGGCAGGGCCUGGGACCGGGGCUAGCACCAAGCCCUGCCUCCACGGAUGCAGGAUCAGCUGGUUUCUGUCUCUGUGGAAACCUGCCCCCCCACAGGGCAUCCCAUGUCCAUGGAAACCAGCCCCCCAUAUCCCAUCUCCAUGGAAACCAGUCCCCCACCGCUUCCCUGUGCCAUGGCAAGCAUUGCUAGGGGGACAGCAGGGGCAGGAGGACCCAAGGGUCUGAGUUCUUACCCCCCCAGGAAGAGACUGAAGGGGGGAGGGGGCAUUUGAUGGGGGAAUGGGGGCAUUGCCAAGGUGAUGUCCGUCAUCAUAUCCAUUUCAUACAGGGGAGGGGGGUUGGGGGGUUGCUCAUUUCACACCCACCUCUCCCCCACCCCUGAUCUGUGCUGGGGGGCAUUAGAUCUGCCCGUCCCCUGAACCCCACUCUCCCCUGCUUCUCCCCCACCCUGCCCUCCCAUCCUGGGGCUCUGGCAGCCUGAUGCCCUGCCCUCCCCCAUCUUCUUGUGGGGAGGCUCACUCAGGGCUGGGGCUUGUUCUUCUGGGUUUGU